AGCUGCCCAUUGGCUGUCCCGAGCGCUGUGCCCGAUGCCGGAAGGGGGAGGGGGUGGAAAGCGUUAUGGCGACGACGGUAGCUGAGACGGAGAGCGGGGAGGGCGCGCAAGAGAUGAUGGAGGUUGACAGGAGGAUUGAGUCUGAAGAGUCGGGAGACGAUGAAGGGAAGAAGCAAACGGUUUGCAUAGUAACAGACCUCAGUCAGCAGAGUUUGAGGGAUGAACAGAAUGGCGAGAAUUCAACAGCUGAAGCCGAGACGCCGGUGGAUAUGGAGACGAUUAGCCUGGAUCCGGAAGCAGAGGAUGUUGAUCUGAAUCACUUCCGAAUUGGCAAGAUUGAAGGGUUUGAGGUGCUCAAGAAAGUGAAGACUCUUUGUCUCCGUCAGAACUUGAUUAAGUGCAUUGAGAAUCUGGAACAGUUGCAAAGUCUCAGAGAACUGGAUCUCUAUGACAAUCAGAUUCGAAAGAUUGAGAACUUGGAGGCCCUGACAGAACUUGAGGUCCUGGAUAUUUCGUUUAACAUUCUACGGCACAUCGAGGGGCUGGACCAGCUCACUCAGUUAAAGAAACUCUUUCUUGUGAACAAUAAAAUCAGCAAAAUUGAGAACCUAAGCAACUUACAUCAAUUACAGAUGUUAGAGCUGGGAUCUAAUCGAAUCAGGGCAAUUCAGAAUAUUGAUACGUUGACUAAUCUGGACAGCCUGUUUCUGGGAAAGAACAAAAUCACCAAGCUUCAGAACCUGGAUGCAUUGACAAACUUAACAGUGCUUAGUAUACAGAGCAAUCGGUUGACCAAGAUUGAAGGGCUGCAGAGUUUGGGGAACUUGAGGGAGCUGUACCUUAGCCAUAAUGGCAUAGAAGUCAUUGAAGGGCUGGAAAACAAUAAUAAAUUGACAAUGCUGGACAUUGCGGCCAACAGGAUCAAAAAGAUUGAAAAUAUUACCCAUCUAACAGAGCUCCAAGAAUUUUGGAUGAAUGAUAACCUCAUUGAGUGUUGGAGCGACUUGGAUGAGCUGAAAGGAGCCAAGAACUUGGAAACAGUCUACCUGGAGCGAAACCCACUGCAAAAAGAUCCCCAGUACCGACGUAAAAUCAUGCUGGCCCUUCCAUCUGUCCGGCAGAUUGAUGCCACCUUUGUCCGGUUCUGAACCCUCUCCAGUCCCUUACCUUCUUCCUCCCUCCCUCCCUCCCUCCCUCUCUCCCUCUCAGAGUUUCACAGAUGGGAUUUUCAUCCACACUGCAUCCUCUGUCUUCAACCCUCUGACACUUAAAGAGCAAACGGCUAACCAAGAGCACUGAUAACAGACCUUGCGUAUAAUGCACACACUUGUUGUUUUUUGAUUAUUAUAAUUAUUAUUAUUAUUAAAUCUUAAAUGUGUGAGAUUU